UGAUCAUUCUAUUUAUAAUAAUUCACAAGUCAAAAAAUUUAAAAGUUUAAUUUAAAAAUAUAACAUUAUGCAUCAGCCUCCAGUCGAAAUAAUAGUGGAAGAGUUAAAAUCGGAAACCCAAAAAGAAUUCGAUCGUAUUACAAACGAAGCAAUAAACUUUUCGGAGGAAAUACACAACGAGGUAAAAGAUCGUAUUAACGUGAUUUUGGACCUCUUAAAAUGCGACAUCGUGGCAUUGCUACAAACCGAAAUAGACGAACAUUCUAUUGAGAAAAUUGAAAUAUUUUAUAAAGAUGUCACAAAGAACAUUUAUUCCACAGAAAUGGACGCUUGGAAAUUUCUCAAAGACAAAGAAGUGGAACAUAAAAAUCAACUGAAAAAAAGCUACGAGUACGCAUGCGAAAUAUUGAACAAAAAAGACAAAUCCCUCGAAAAGAUAUAUAAAACCAGUAAAACGUUCUUGAAAAGUAACCUAAAAGAAAGAAAUCGUAUUAUUAAAGACCUAAGCAAAAAAGCUCAAGAACUAGUUGUAUCGAUAUGUAAAAAUGCCAAGAAGGUUAUAUAAAAAUUAAUAAAUUGAUAGAAAAUUUAUAAUUGACAAAAAAUUCCGG